CUCCACUCACCCCCCCCCCCCUCCGCCGCACCGUAGAUCGGGAGGAUCGGGGGCUCGUACGGACGAUUCUGGCCCCCCUCAUGCGUUUUUGAGCGAUUUAAUGCUUCUAACAGGGAUGGAAACGAGAACACUAAUAGAUAUGGCUCUUGUGCCCGGCGUAGAAACUAUAGGAGCUGUAAUGGAUUCUUCGGACAAAACAAAAGUCGGCGCGCCACCAUUGAAGCCGAGAAAAAAGUCGAUGACGUCACUGUAUCUCAAAUAUUUUGAGACGGCAUCUGACGGAAAGAGUCGCCGAUGCAAAUUUUGCAAGCAAAGCUACUCUAUAGCUACCGCAACUGGAAAUCUGGGGAGGCAUCUGAAUAACCGCCAUCCGGGCUACGAUAAAUAUAUCGAUUCCGCACAACAAACUCCGCAAGCUUCUGCUGCUACAGCAAACAUUAAGCCUCAAGUUCACACCAGGCCUGGAAUCAAUCUCGACCAUCUAAACUGGUUGCUACUUAAAUGGCUAAUCGGCGCCUCCCUCCCUGCUUUCACCCUCGGAGAUGAAAUGCUUUUGAAUUCUUUCAAGUUCCUCAACCCAUCAAUCAAAAUUUGGCCAAGAGAAAAGGUUCAAGCGGUCUCGCUCGAGGUAUUCAGAAGCAUGCGCGAGGACGUAAGAACAUCGUUAGAGCAGGUGAAUUCCAGGGUUUCGAUCACCGUAGAUUUCUGGACGUCCUAUGAGCAGAUAUUUUACAUGUCGGUAAAGUGCCACUGGAUCGAUGAAAGCUGGUCUAUGCACAAAGUUCUUCUUGAUGUCUGCCAUAUAUCUUAUCCGUGCUCCGGGCCGGAGAUCUUGCAUGCCCUAAUGAAAGCCCUGCUGGCGUUUAAUAUCGAUUCUAAGAUCCUCUCUUGCACUAAUGAUAACAGCCAGCAAGCGAUUCAUGCUUGCCACGCUCUCAAAGAGGAGCUCGAUGCUCGUAAAAUUCCCUUUUGCUAUAUUCCCUGUGCAGCUACGACAUUGAAACUGAUUAUACAGGACGGUCUUAUAACUAUAAAGCCGAUAUUGUCCAAAAUUCGAGAGUUUGUGCUCGAGAUGAACUCGUACCCGGAAAUUAUCGAGGAUUUUAAACAAUUAGCUGUGCUUUAUCAAGAAGUUCAUUGGAAAUUCCCGCUCGAUACUUCGUCAAGCUGGAAUGGUGAUUACACUAUGCUUGAUCUCAUAAGGAAGGCCCCCAAUGCAAUGGAUGGCAUUAUAAAGAAGCACGAAGAAACAUUCGGAGGUAGAAACUUGCUGCUAAGCACCACGGAAAAAUCCGUGGUUACCAUUCUACAUUCGUACUUGGAGCCAUUCUACAAGACCACGACGAACCUGUGCACUUGCAAAGUACACACCGUUGGCCUCGUGCUUUUCUUAAUGGACCACGUCUUUGAUCUGAUAAGUUCUUGCCGGGAAAGCUGUCGCCAAGAGUGGCUUAAGCGCGUAGCCGACGACAUGUCCAAGAGGGCUCGCAGCUUCACCACCCAAGCCUACUACCCCUUCACCUUCACGGCUGCAGUCCUUGACCCGCGCAUCAAACGCGACCUCAUCCCGGAAGCUCUGAACUCCGAAAAGCACUUGGAAGAAGCCAGCAGCCAUUUUCUCAGAGACUACUCCAGCACCGAAUACGCUUCCAUGAGUAACGGUUUCGCUACUCAAGAUUCUACUACCGAAAAUAGCGACAUCGUAUCGUUUGCCGAGGAGAUUGCGAGAAAGCGGCGUAGAGUGAGCACGACCAACUCUUCAGACGAGCUCUCUCAAUAUUUAGCCGAGCCACCCGCUCCGAUAGCGACCGACGUGUUGGAUUGGUGGAAGGUGAAUAGCACGAGAUAUCCGCGGCUUUCCGUAAUGGCUCGCGAUUAUUUGGCCAUCCAGGGGACUUCGGUUGAGCCCGACGAGUUAUUCACGGGGAAAGGCGAUAGCAUCAAUAAGCAGAAGUACUGUCUGCCUUUCAGCAGCAUGCAGGCCGCGCUGUGCAUCAACUCGUGGAUCCAAAGCGGCUACAGAUUCAAGUUCCGAUCGACGGAGAUCGACUUCGAUAAGCUGGUAGAAGCCGGUGCGUCUGCUUCGGUCGACAAUGUUAAGUUGUAGAGCGAUGUGACUUCGUUGCGGUAGUUGCACAUAAGCCCAGGUUACUGAUUCUUGUAUGCUGUGUACAUUAAUUGUGUUUCUGUAAACCAUUUUAGAUUAGUGUUUGAUGAAACCAUAAGGUAACACUUUAGCUAGCCAUUAUUCUUGUACAAUGUAUUGUAACAUCCAAUCAUCCAUUUGGGAGGAUGUAGUGACUACUUUGCUUUUUCCAUAUCUUGAAUGAGUUUAUGCUGGUAAAUGAUAGAGUCAAAUUCUGGAAAGUUAUGUACAUAGAUUACAAAAUGGAGUUUGCUUAAUUAAUCACAUUUAUCAUCA